AGGAAUUUUCCAUUCAAACGUUCAUUCAAAGUUGCUCGUCGUGGAAGGUUCUAGAAUACGGAAUCUCAUUAAAAUAUUUGAACGAUUGCUGCUCAUUUUCUGAGGUCUCUUGCGCUCCAGGUCUGAACUUCCUUUACUGAUCACUGCAAGAAGCUCUCAUCAAACUCAACCUUCAUCUCAUUCCUGAAUUCCUCACUUCAAAAUGUCUCAGCAAAUCAGCCUCCCUGCCAAACUGAUUAAUGGUGGCGUUGCUGGCAUCGUUGGGGUCACUUGCGUGUUUCCCAUCGAUUUGGCCAAGACCAGACUCCAGAACCAGAGACAAGGCCAGCAAGUCUACAAGAGCAUGAUUGACUGCCUCAUCAAAACAGUGCGAUCUGAGGGAUACUUUGGCAUGUAUAGAGGCGCUGCGGUUAAUCUUACCCUGGUCACUCCUGAGAAGGCCAUCAAACUGGCUGCCAAUGACUUCUUCCGGUGCCACCUUUCCAAAGAUGGGAGAGGGCUGACUGUAUUUAAAGAGAUGUUGGCUGGAUGUGCUGCGGGCAUGUGCCAGGUUAUCAUCACUACUCCUAUGGAGAUGCUGAAAAUUCAACUACAGGAUGCUGGGAGACUAGCCACUCAGCAGAGAAAACCAUGCAUCAUUCCUCCCAAUAGACUGGCGACCACAAACACAGUGUUGAGCCGCUCCUACAAUGUGGUGCCCAACACCUCACCUCACCCAUCUGCCACCCAGAUCGCAAGAGAGUUACUGCACACUCAAGGCAUUCAGGGGCUCUACAAAGGCUUUGGUGCAACACUAUUGAGAGAUGUACCUUUCUCGGUCAUCUACUUCCCUCUCUUUGCAAAUUUGAACAAGCUGGGUAAGCCCUCCCCUGAUGAGGCUGCACCAUUUUAUUGGUCAUUCAUCUCUGGAUGUGUCGCAGGCUCCACAGCUGCUGUUGCCGUUAACCCAUGUGAUGUGGUCAAGACCAGGCUGCAGUCUCUAAGCAAAGGAGCUAAUGAGGAAACCUACAGUGGCAUAAUUGACUGUUUCGGCAAGAUCAUGAAGCGAGAAGGGCCAUCUGCUUUCCUGAAGGGAGCAUGCUGCAGGGCUCUAGUCAUCGCGCCACUGUUCGGUAUCGUACAGGUCAUGUACUUCAUCGGCGUGGGAGAGUUUAUCAUGAGCCAGUCCUCCCUAAAGCUAAUCUCUGACAGAACAGACCCCAGUACUUCUCAGAGUGUGGCAGCUACACAACCAACUGUACAUUUACAAGAGAAGAUAAACAUUAAUCAAGAUGGUAGAGUUGUCGAGAGAACGACAACUUCUACUCUGGUUAAGUUACUGUGAGUUUUUUUCCAGCCUUACCACACUUCCUCUAUGGUUUACAGGCUUAUUUGAUGGGCUGUGGCCAGAGUUUUGCACUUAUUGGUAAGGAUAUGUCUGGAGGAGAGCGCUUGACGUGCUUACGUUUUCUUGAAGCAUAUGUGAAGGUUUCCCCUCAAUGAGGGAGACUGGUGUCACUGUAAUGACACUGUUUUUCUUGACACUUUUUUUUCAUCUAUCUACAAUUCUUUUUGUAUUAAUUUUUUUUUAGUUUUUUUUUCCCCUACUCCGAAUUCAUUUAUUUCUGUUCCUGUCACUGUUUUCAGUGUCUAAACAAUUGGGUUACUUAAUGCUUUUGAAGCUUUCAGACCUUGUAACUCUAAAUUGUUCAUAGUUUUAGGGAAUGCCAUUGACUUUCAUUCCAUCAGAUGCACAUCGCGGUCCAUUUCAGUUUCUGAGCUGAUUUUGGUGAAGGUACAACAAGUUGCAGUCUAAAAUGAAGUAUGCAAUGGCUACCUAAAACAGCCUAACAUUUGAUGCAUAUCGUAUUUAUGCAAUUAUUUAAGACGUGCGUUUAUUUUUCUUUUCUGUUACAUGGACCAGCAUGUAUUACAACUGUAGCUUCCAGGGAUUUCUGAUCCCAGAGCGUAGGUCAUUAUUUUCAGGUCAUGUGUUUGCCUUAAUUAUCAUGAAAGACAAACUCUUCACAAAGUUUGAGGGACCUGGCCUUGAGCAAAAGGCUGUAUGUUUCAGUGCUGCGAUUGUUUGAUGACAGUAUUAACAUCUUCCUACAAUGACGCCUCAAUGCAACAUGUAUUAAUUUCUGUUUAAUGCAAUGGUCUAAUUCAACAUUACAAAAAUGAAUAAAAAUAAAUCAAAUGUUUGAGCGCUGUUUUAAUGUUGCCCAAUGACCAUAGUUUCUUGUUUCAAAGCCAUUUACAUGCAACACGAUGCUAUGAAACAGUUAA